AGGAGGCCCUUCCGCUGCCCCGAUGCCCGCUGGCAAUGCCACCACCUGCGCCCUUCCACCGUAACGUCACAGGGACUAUACAGGAGAGUUUUGUUGGAAGUUAGAAAGUUUUGCAGCCUCCAGAGGGCUGUAGCGGCAGUAGCAGAAGCAGCAUCCAAGGGACUCCUGGAAGGGGAAGAGAGAGGGCGAGCGAGCGACUGACUCAGUCCUGCUGCAGAAAACUGACCCGAGACGACGGAGGCAGACAUGGAACAUCAGCUGCUGUGCUGCGAGGUGGAGACCAUCCGACGAGCCUACCUAGAUGCCAACCUCCUCAAUGACAGGGUGCUGCAGACGAUGCUGAAGGCGGAGGAGACCUGCUCGCCCUCCGUCUCCUACUUCAAGUGCGUGCAGAAAGAAAUCUUGCCAUAUAUGAGGAAAAUAGUUGCCACUUGGAUGUUGGAGGUUUGCGAGGAGCAGAAGUGCGAAGAGGAAGUUUUCCCCUUGGCGAUGAAUUAUUUGGACAGAUUUUUGUCAUUUGAACCCCUCAAGAAAAGCCGAUUGCAAUUGCUCGGAGCUACCUGCAUGUUUGUGGCUUCAAAAAUGAAGGAAACUAUUCCUCUGACCGCAGAAAAACUGUGCAUUUAUACAGAUAACUCCAUUAGACCGGAUGAAUUACUGCAAAUGGAGCUGCUUCUGGUGAAUAAGCUGAAAUGGAAUCUGGCUGCAAUGACCCCCCACGAUUUCAUUGAACAUUUCCUUACUAAAAUGCCUCUGGCAGAGGACACCAAGCAGAUCAUCCGUAAACAUGCUCAGACUUUUGUGGCUCUGUGCGCUACAGAUAUUAAAUUUAUUUCAAACCCACCUUCCAUGAUCGCAGCUGGCAGUGUGGUAGCAGCUGUGCAAGGCCUGCAUCUGGGGAACACUAACACUUUCCUCUCCUAUCAAUGCCUCACACAUUUCCUAUCACAAGUUAUCAAAUGUGAUCCGGAUUGUUUACGAGCCUGCCAAGAACAGAUUGAAUCCCUCCUCGAAUCCAGUCUACGUCAGGCACAGCAGCACAACGUAUCUUCAGAAACAAAGACUGUAGAGGACGAAGCAGACCUUUCCUGCACACCUACUGAUGUGCGAGAUGUGAACAUUUAAGAGGACUUCUUCUAAUGGGUUUGCUUGGCGAGAAAAGCAGACAAAGAAAGGGCAUCUGAGAAGGAAUCAGCAUCAGGAUCUCCCCCCCAGAAACCCUUUUCUCCAGGACAUUUUUAUACCAGAAGGGAAAACCAGUCUUGUUAUAUUUUUUUCUUGCUCUGUCUCCCUUCCAUCUGUGACUUCAAACAAACAAAUAAACAAAAAAAUACCCCAAAAACUGUCUUAAAAAAAAAAUAGUAUUUGCAUUACCCCCAGGGGUUUGUGCUACAAAAAAUAGAGGAUUUUAUACAAUAAUAAUCAACUAGUUUUUAUAUUAAAGUGUUCUUGUCUGUAUGUUGUAAAAAUAGGCAUUAACACACAAAAUGUCUCCAGGGGAGGUAUUAGAUUUGAUUUCUUACAUAUAAAACCAACCAACCAACCAACCAUUUUUAAAGUAGAAGAGGGUUUUGUUUUGUUUUGUUUUAGAUAGUAAAUGAAAUAUUCCUUUUUUUGUUUCCUUUAAAAAGCAUAGCUUUAAUGCAGUUCUAGGCUUUCCUGUAUCUUGCUUGCUUAUGCAUUUAGUCACUUUAUAAUUCCUCUGUAAAUGUUUAUUUUAUUUCCUUAGGUUGGUUUUUGUUUCGUUUGCUUUUUUUUUUCCCCCCCUUAUCCUCUUCACCUUAUAAAUGGUUAAAGUAACCCAUAAGUUAGUGGAUGUUAGUAUGCAGCAUUAUUAUAUGUUAAUCUCUUUUGGUUUUGGUGUGUGCCUGUGGAUUGCCUGUGCAUAAGGCAUUUGUGUAGGGUUCCAGCUUAGCAUUGUUGGGCAAGGCCAAUGUACUACUCAUACGAUACUCUAUUAUAAAGAGAAACCGAAAUAGUGACGUAAUAUAUUAUAUUUUUGUAAUCUUCAUAUUUUUGUAGUUACCUGUGUAAAAAAAAAAAAAGAUGCUGGUCUGACCCCACAGAUAUUCAGCCUAAUUAUGGUCAGGUUCAAUCCACAGUUCAGUCUUUUUUUUUUGUUGUCGGUGUCGUUCGUCGUCGUUUCGUUUUUGUUUGUUCGUGAUAUUCUAAAACCAUUCCAUUCAAAGCACUUUCAGUCCAUUAGAUAUAGGAAAAUACAUUCUUUUUAUUGUGUGGGAAUGAUUUUUUUUUUCUUUUUUAAUGGAAUGGUUUGGAAAUAUAUUAAGUGCUUGUUGGCAAACUUGGAAUUGCAAAGCAAGUGCGUUUAACUAUGGUGUUAGAGGAGAGGUGAUUUUGUUUUUGUUUUGUUUUUAACGAAGGUUGUGUUCCAGUUGAGAGAGAAAUUGCAUUCACAAAUUGCCAGGAUAUCUUUCCUAUUCCUUUUCUAUAGAAAAGUCUGAAGUUUAGAAUCCUUUGGUGCCAACUCAUCUUUAUAAAUUAGGGGCCUUAAAGGUUCACAUAUAGGACACAUAGUUUUUAAGGAUUGUUGCUAGAUGUUUUUACAACUGAAGGUUUUUAAACACUAAAAUAUAUAAUUUAUAGUUAAGGCUAAAAAGAAUAUUUAUUGCAGAGGAUGUUGGUAAGGCCAGUAUGAUUUGUAAAAUAAUGCAAUCGCCCCUUUUGGAAAAAGAAAAAUCUUUCUACCCUUGACGUUGCAGUUUUAACCCAGCUUAUUAGAGGAAAAAAACAAACCCCAAGGACACGCUUCAAACCCAAACCCAAGCAGUCUGUUUGGCCCCUUCCUAUACAUUUUCAAAAGCAGUCUAACCAUGAAAAAAAAAACCCAACAAAAAUGCCAUAGUUAAUAGAUAAAAAUUGGAGUACUUGAAAGAAGUUCUUAUUCCAAUCUAAGCCCCGUUUGGUUUGGUUUUUUCGGUUGUUUUUUUAUUUAGCUACAAAUAGAAAAUUUGCACAUCUUGGCUAUGUUAUCUUUGUUAUUAUUAUUUUAGAAAGUAGCUGAAGGGACGUGGACAUAGCUGUUGAAGUUGAUGCUUGAGGAGAAUGUGAUGGUGAAAUGUAUGUGAGGAAACUGCCGCUAAGGUGUUGAUUGUAAAAAAAAAACAAGAAAAACCGCAAAAAAAAUCAAAACGAGAAAAAAAAAACCUCCACAAACAAAACCCAACAAAAAUGGAAAAAAAAAGGAAAAAAAGGUUAAAAGCUAAAAAGAAAAAAAAAAAAGAAAAAGAGAAAAGAAAAGGAGUGGAUGCUCCAGUUUUAUUGAGCUGCUAUGGAUAAAUUCCCAGCAUGGUUUGAAAAAAAAACAAACAAAAAAGAGAGAAAAAAAAAUUAACAUUGCUUUUCUGUAUCUUUGUCAUUGUGUUUUGCUGCUAUUUUGUGGAUCAGUUUUGGUUUUGUUUAUGUUUUUUUUUUUGGUUAUACAAUGUCAUAUACUGCCAUGUUCUAGGUUUUAAUUUUCUCAUAGAAAAUUAUAUUAUUGACAUCAAUUUUGGUUUGGUUAUUUUUUUGGUAGAUUUUUGUUAUAUGUGAUCAAGUUUGACUUUAAUGUGAUUUACUGCUCUAUUCCAAAAAAAAACCAGGAAAGGAUAAAAAACAAUAUAAGGUUCCUGUUUCACAAUACCUCAUACUUCCAAGUUAACCCGUGUCUAGACCAGGUUUUUAAGUGUUUCCUACACACAGUGCCUCAAUAGUUCUACUGCAAACGGAAAUGCAUCGAACGCUGUCCUGAAUGGGUCUCGCGAUUUGCGACCACGUUGCCUUGAAUUGAAACACACGGCCGACAUUUCAGAAGAUCCGACUCAUGUCACCGUUUUGUUUUGUGUCGUUAAUGCAUUUUUAUCAAGCUGGAUUCUUUUGUCUGAUCUGGGGUUUAUUAUCAUAGUAGUUUUAAGCUGUGUUAUUAGCCACAUUGAUAUAUGAAAGGUGCAUUAUAAUAUAACUCUUGUGUGCCACCUGAUGUGGUUCGUUUCCCCCGUCAGUUGGGACACAUCAUUUGGUAUGAUAGGUUAUCUUCUGGAACUCUUAAGUAUUUUGUGUGUUUAAUCUGUUAUGAUAUACUAGUUUAUUUUUGUUUGGUUUUCUUUUGUUUUUGUUUGUUUUGGUUUUGUUUUUUUUUAAUUAUAGCAUAAUGCUAAUUUAAAAAGCCUGUAAAUCUCAUAAAUAAGCCAGCUAACAGAGUUGUAUGCUGAAGAAUAAUCUAGCUGUUGCCUGUAUGCUGCUAAACCAAAACAGAAUUAGAACUCAUUUUGAGGCAAAUGCAGUUAAGACCCUACAUAGUGCAUAAAUAAAGCAUUGCAAUGCUACUAGCAGUCGCAGGACCCAGGAGGACUGGAUACAUUCUGUCCAAAUUUCAGGAACAUUUCUUACUGCUUACCUCAUAAAACACUUUCUGUUUGUGGCAUCUCUGUGUCUCUGAACCAAACAUGAUUAUUGAGUUAGUGCUUGUUGGUUAUAUUAUGUGUUACACUGAGUGGCAGUGUGUACUGCAAGUUUCUUUACAAUAUUGUAUGUACUAAAUGGCCAAAUCCAGAUAAGUGGGUUCACGUGCCAACAGAGAUGCUUUAUUUGUCACAUUAUUAUAACAAUCUGUAGUAAGCAAGCGAUUCAGAUUUGUACAUUUUUAUGUUGUACUUAUUGGCAUCACUGGUCUGAAAUGCACAUUUUCACCAACAGACCUGUAACAGACAAGUUUCCAGCAAAAAAAAAAAAAAAGUCUAGAAAUAAAAUUGGUAA